AAUCUUUUAAUUUUCAUAAAAGAAGGGACACAACCUGAUCCGUUCACUAGAUCCGCGCCCCUGAUUAACGUAGUCUUAUCAAUAUGCAAUAUGCCUAUACACGGAAUUAUGUGCGUUACACCCGUACAGUAUAGAUCGAUCACCAACAGAAUUCACACAUCCGCACCUAAGAGGAAGUUCGAAGGUUACGUCGGGGCCUGGGGAAAUGUAUCACCACACCGUGUAUAGCAUGUAUAUGAAUAAAAGCACUGCCUGUACGCCGUUCCCACCGGCUUUUUAAAGACCAGCGUUGCCAGGUGUGAACAGGUGCCCGUUCUUCGGUUUCAUGGCGGAGCUUUACAAGAAGACACUUCAUAAAUCCCAAGUUCCCGCCUAUUUCCACGUGCCUUACGUAGAGUCCGGCUACCGCUACUCUCAACAACCAUGGACGUUUUACAUCUACAGCGUUUUCUACAACAACAUGGAAACCCUCAACGUAUGGACGCACGUCGUGGGAUCGCUGGUGAUGACGUCACGGCUGUACCAGAUCUACAUAACCUUUGACCUCCGAGACCCCUACACAUGGCCCCUUUUAGCGGCCGUUCUGUCUUUCAUGGCAAUGUUUGUGACUAGUAGCGCUGCUCACAUGUUUUCUCACAAGUCCAUGGCGGUGAACUGCUGUAUGUUUAUGGCCGACUUUGCAUGCAUUGGUCUCUAUGGUUACGGCACGAUAUUAACGCACUAUUAUUAUUCACUGGACCAAUAUUUCCUUGAUUCAGUUCUACUGAGAAACGUUUUCUACUUCGGUUCAGUGCUGGCUGUUCUUAGCUGUGCCUUUGGCUCCAUGUCCAAAGCCAUCGUCCAUGAUCUCAAUUCGAAACGACGGACGGCGCUGAUAGUGUCCGGAUUAGGCUUAAUUUACAUCCUGUCCAAUGUUCCGAUCAUGCACCGGAUUUGGAAUUCUGAGUGGACGGACGGAAUCGUUCACCACCUAAAACAAAUGUCCAGCAUGAUCGCCGUCUGCUUUUUCUACUCCACCAAGCUUCCCGAGCGCCUGUCCCCAGGGACCUUUGACUUUAUCGGCAACAGUCAUCAGAUCUUUCACAUCCUGCUGGUGCUCUGCACUAUGAGUCACUUAGACGGCGUCGUCUGGGACAUCAAGUUCCGGCAGGCAUUCGUAGUCCCUCGGCCUCCACCCUCACUCUGGAAUACUUUCGGAAUCAUCUUUCUUAUAUGUAUAGCGGAUCUAGUGACAAUAAACUACUUUUACUCCGCUUUUAAAGAUCGGACGAUGUGCAAAAAACACGAGAAUAAUAACUAAACUAGAUUAUAUCAGAAGGUCGACACGAGUGACGUUUUAGCAUAGAUACAGGCAUCCAAUGUAAUAGUUUUAAUGUAUGCAAGUUUGUACGAGUGACGUUUUAGCAUAGAUACAGGCAUCCAAUGCAAUAGUUUUAAUGUAUGUACGUUUGUUAUGUGGUUUGCAAUCUUUCUGAAAGACUUAAGAAGAGCUGCAUAUUCUUCCCCUUUACAGGAAGAAAUUGAUCAAACUGAAAUCCGACAUGGCUGUAAUAUUCUGAAGUAAAAAGAUCUGCAGUUUUAGAAUUCCUCAAAUUAGUUUCUGUAUUUUCCUAGUUACAUGCUGUGGCGGUUAUUGUGUAUUUAUUUACUUCUUUAUAUAUCACAAUUUUAUAUACAUACAAGCACCAUUUUCUUGCCCGUUAAUUAUUUUGAACAAAGCUAAUGAACUGAGCACAUUCCAAUAACAUUUAGAUAUUUUAUCUUAGUACAUGUAUAUAUAAAGACACUGAAUGGAAGUGAACAGCAGGCAAAAUGCUUGUAUAUGUUCUCUCCUACAAUAUAUAACAUAUUCCAAUAACAACUUGCCAAAAUCAAGACAAACCUUGAUUAUAUAGGGUAAUGGCGUCUUUCAGUGACGUUGAUGAUUUGUGAUGUUACGUAUUUAUGAGGUUUCACACAUCGAAUUAUUAUUACUUUUAUAUACGUAUUUUAUGGAUCUAUAUAAUCUUUUGGGUAAUGCAAUAUAUCAGACUGAUUUUACUUGUACAUGUAUACGGUUCUAUUCCAAGGGUUGGAGUUUUAUACUUGUUGAUUAAAUAUUUAAACAGUUA